CGCUUCUGAUCACGAUCGAACUCAGUUCUUUCAACUCGUCUUUGGAGACAUCAGAACAAAGAGCAUAAUAACAUCAAGUAGUGGUUAACAGUAAGUGUGAUCAACAUGUAUAAGAAAAUUACUUCGAUUGUAUUGAUGUUACUUGUGAUUAUCCGUUCGGAAGAAAUUUCUGCCAACAAUGUGACGCAAGCAAACUUUUUAAAUUUAAGAUUAUCGACAAUUAUCCCGUAUUUAUUGCAUAAUAAGCAAAAUUAUACAAAAGAUGAUUCAAAAAGAUCGCUCUUUUUAUUAAUGCCAUCAUCACAGACACGAAAUGAAUACAAAAACUCAAAAGAAAUAGUCCAAAAAACAAAACGUUGCGAAACAUUGCCUCGGAACAACAGAUUUUUCUCAUUAUCGAGAAAGGAAAACUUCACCAGAGCAGACAUGAAUGCAAGAAGUCUUGAUAGAAAUAUUAAAAUUCCCAGACAAAAUUCGAAUACCGAUACUCUAGUAAAAAACAAAAUAUACUUGCAAGAAAACCCUGUAAACAGGAUGAAAACUGAAACACGUAAGGAUAAUACGUUUUUACGAGCCCUCAGAAAUAAUAUGAACGCAGAAAAUUUAAUUUUGAAUUUAAAACCUCGUGGAAAGGCAAAGAAAUGUAAUACGGGAAAUUGUAUAUGUUACUGUAAAGAAGAGAACUGUUUUUCUAAAUCAUCAAUGACAGGUUCAUCGGAAAUAUUAAGUAUUUCCAGAAAAGACAAGCCUGAAAAGAUAAAUCAAAGACCCGUAAAACAUGAAAAUACAAAAUCAAAUAUUUUACAGCAAAUAUCGCCAAAAUUGUAUCAUAAAAAUCUUCAAGAUUCACGCAUACCUAAUCUAAUCAAUUCUUUUCCAACACGAUUCUACCAAGGAGGAAUACGCGGUAUCCCCCAUGCAUCAAUUUUGUACGGAAAGAAACCACAUAUUUUGCCUUACAUAGUCGGAAACGAUAAAAAUUUCGUCAAUGUUGGAGUUCCCUUUACUUCAUUUGAAAACAGACCAAAUUUUCCAGUUAAAAGUAAAACCGAUUAUCCAUUAAAAUAUCAAUCGAUUAACCAUCCAAAUUUAUAUCCUUAUCCACGUAUAAUUGACGAAAAUCGAGUUGGAAGUCCUAUGUCAAUUACUUCAUCUGCGACAAGCUACGCUGAUGCAACAACUGUUACACAAACAGAAAGUGAUCUCGAAUCGAUCGAAAUCACUGAAAAAGAUAAAAAAAAAAUUUUUAAAUUAACUACAGAGACUCCGAAUAAUUAUAUAGCUGAGUCAAUUAAUUCAGAAACAAAAACUAAUCUUUAUCCAAACUAUUUGAAUGAUGUAAUUGAAGGAAGCAGCGCUAUAGAUUUUUCUUCUACAGAAAGAAUCGAAGGAAAUCAAGAAGAGGAAUUUUCUAAGCUAAUGCCACUUUUUACAAAUUAUAUUGAUAGAAGCAGAACACCUUCCAUCAUCUAUCCAUCAAUUCUGCAUAAUGACAAAUUAAUAAACAUGGAAGAGUGUAUAAAGUUAUUCGGUCGCGACGUGUGCGUACUCAGUGCGACAUCACCAGGAAUACUUGCAAAACGAACACAAGAGAACAAUAUGAAUGAAUAUUCUACGAUUAAAAUCCCGGAAUAUAUCAUACAAAUGUCGACUAAAAAAGAAACAACGUUAAAUAAUGUCAAUUAUUCGGAUAAACUUGAAACAAUUAAUACGUAUGUACAAUCAAAUGUUGAUUCAAAUGAGCAUCUUGAAUCAACAAAUACAGAAUUAAAUUUUAAUACCGAUGAAGAUUCUUCACAAGAAUUAUAUCAAUACGAAGAAUCUAUUGAACCAACUUAUGAACCAGAUGAUAAUUAUGAUGAAAAUAAAUUAUUUAACACUAAAGAAGAUACGCGUAUUUCAAUAAACAAAUUGAUGAACCAGAUAACUGAUAAGACUAUGGAGACUGCAAAAAAUACAUUGUUAGAAAAGAGUAAGAGUCAUACAAUUGAAUCAUUGUCAAAUUCAAUUAACAAGGAGACAAUAAAUCCAAGUUCAAGUGAGAAAUAUCUCUAUACUUCUAAUUCAUACGAAUAUAAUAACGAUCAAGAAACGAAUAAUUUAAAGAUUAAUCAACAAACUUUAAUGACAGAUAUAAAUGUUAAUUCAUGGAAUACCGUUGAAGUAUUAUGGAAUACUCUUCCUAAAGAAGAGACUACAACUAUUAAUUACGAUUUUAAAACUGAAUAUAAUUGUGAAAAAGAAAACAAAAAUUAUUUGGAAGAAUCAAAUAUUAAUACUUAUUCCGGAGAAGAAAUUUCUCAAGAGCAGCUUAAAGAAAAAAGUACAACCCUUAAUACUUCUCAUGAGAAGGAAAUUCCUCAAGGACAAUCUGAAGAAAUUACAACUAUCAGUUAUGAUUCUACAGCAAUAUAUAAUUUUGAAGAAAGUGAAGAAAGUGUGUAUAAUUUGAAAAAAUUAAAUACUGAUUUUGAUCUUGAAAAAAAAAUACUUGAAGAACAGCUUGAAGAAAAAAUUAUAAAUUCUGAUUCUAACACCGAAUAUAAUUUUGAAGAAACAACUGAAAAUGAUUUAUUAGGUAUAAGAACUACUUAUUUUAGAGAUGAGAUUAUUCGAGAACAACCUGUAAUGCAAUACCAUGAUCAUGAAAAAAUAAAUUAUUUAAACAAUGAAGAAGAUAUCACCAAUAGUCCCGAAACACUCAUCGAUUUAUCAUCAAGAAACCACACCAUACAUGACGACAAUUUACUUUUAAAUUCCAUCCGAAAGGUCAUCAACGACUUUGCAUCGAACGCUUCCUUAAGCAAAACAAAAACUCUCGACGAAAAUAUUCUUCAAAUACAAGGUAGAAGUUUGCUGCCAGAAAUUUUACAAGUUCCGAAUCUCGAGAGAAUUCUGUCAAUUCCGCAAAUAGAAAAUACGAUCGUAGCAAAAGUGAAAGAUGUUCUAUCUGAUAUCAUAGUUAUUUCUGAAAAAAACUUCACAAACGAUUGGUCAUAUGACGCGAUCAAGAAUUCUUUCCGUAGCAUAUUGCAGACUCUUUCUACAGAUUUUCAUCAAAAACUUCCACCAAUGACGGUUAAGGAGCAUCAAUUCAAGGACGGACAAUGGACAAUCAAUUCAAUAACUUUAGCACCUGUUCCAGACAGCGAAUUAUCAAUAGCAAAUCCGGAAAACUUGGAGAAAAGCAUCAGAAAACUUUUAAACUUUUCAAUAAUCGCGUCGCAAGCAGAUCAGUACAUUAUACAGAACAUGAUUGUACAGAGUGUGAAAAAUAGUUUGACCAAAGACGAACAUGAAGAAAUAGAUAAUUCGAUAAUUCAUAUGUUAAAUAAUAUUCUUCAGACAUUAAAAAAUUCAGAAGAUACGGAUGUGUUAAAAAAAAAUAGCAGACUGAUUGGUAAUAAAAAAGAUGUAAAUUUGACUUCUUCGCAAGAAAUAUCAGCAAGCAAUUACGAAGAAGAAAUAAAUAUUGGCAAUUCAAUAUUAAUCGAUAAACAGAAUAUUGACACAGAAAAAGAUACAGAAGUAGACACUGAGAAAAUGCAGAGAACGAGCUAUCAAGAAUCCAAGGCAUUAGAAAAUAACGUUAGCAUGAGUAUUUCUAGUCUUCCACAUUCAACAGAAUAUGAGAAAGACAAAAGCACAAACGAAGAAACACCAAAAAAAACUAAUAUACUUAUGUCUAAAAUAGGAAAAAAUGUUAGAAAUCAAACCUUAAAUGAGAUACAGAAGAUAGAUAAUGAAGUAAAAAGACUAGUUGAACCACUAAAAACAGUGACAUAUAAUAAAGCUAUUUCUCAAAAUAAUCUUAGCAUAUCAGAAAUUUCUGUAGAAUCAAAAUUAAUAGAGACAGAAGAGUUAAAUAAAACAGAAAAAAGUGUAUUCUCAGAGACAGCUACAAUUUCAUCGAUUGUGGCUAAAAAUUUUGAAACGGAAAAAGAUAUCAUUACUUUAACACCGAUAAUAAAGAAUACCAAUAUGAAUGAUGACAAUAAUAAAUCAUCGGUAGAUUAUUAUUCACUGGAAGAUCAAACUGUGAAAUAUAUAAAAAACGAUCAUAUCAAUGAUGAAAGUAUCCAAGUUACAACAAUAUCCACAAACUUUGUACAAAAAAUUUCACCCAAUUAUGCACAGAUAUCGAAUGGCAUAAAUUCAGAAAACAUGGAAGAAAUUAUCGGAAAAAAAACUGAAUAUAUCUUAAAUAGAAAUAUAUUGAAUAAAUUACCUGACAAUUUAAUUUCAUCUACAAAUAUAAAAUAUCGAAAUGAGAACGUCGCAUCUUCAACUGAUGAAAUUGAUCCAGCAAUAAUAUUAGAAAGAAUCGAGCAUAAUAUAUUGCCAAUAAAAUAUUAUUCGCCGGAAAUUUUAAAAUACAUAAAAAGUCAUUAUAAUGCUGAUGCAAGUGUUGAAGUUUCGACAGCACUCACAAGUUUUAUGCAAGAAACUUCAUCCGAUUAUGCACAAAUAUCGGAUGAUCUAAUUUCACAAAAUGUAGCAAGUGCUAAGGAUGCCAAAGACGAAAUAGAAAGCAUAUUAAAUGAUAAAACGUCGACUACUUCAGCUGAUGUAAUUUCAUCUCUAAAUGUAGACAACGGGAAUCAUAAAUCUGAAAUUACUCCUUCGACAGAUACAAAUAUUUUAGAUUUGCAGCAGCAGAAUUUUAUGACACAAAACAACAUUAUUGCCAAAAUCCACGAAGCUACUACAGAAGUUCAACGAACUUAUGCCAAAACUACAUACUUUGAAGUAAAGCCUUCUAUUGACGACAGUCCAAAGUUCAGUUCAUCUUCAUCGACUUAUAAAGCUGAUGCAAAUAAAAACGAUGAUAAGAACAAAAAUAGUAAUAACAACAAGAGUGACAGUUUAAUUGGCAAGAUGUUUAAUUUUGAUAUCACUACGGAAACUAACAAAGGAACUAUUCCAUUCUCCAAAUCAUGUUGUUUAGGCGAUAUUUAUCCUCUUCAAUUUCCCUUAUUAAUUGCUUCAGAUAAUUCGGAACUUGAGAAAUCGAAGCUUUACUAUAUCAGCGAGGGCAUGAAAUUGCCCUUGGAGAUCAGAAAAUUGAACGACGGUUUUUAUGAAUUGUCGAUCGCCAAGAACAUAUGCGAGCAGAUUCUGGAAAGAAAAUGUUCCUGCUGUAUGCCACUGCAAGGACAUGUGAUUUUAUCAUGUAACAAAAAUGAAAACGAAAAAAAUAUACAUAUAAUGACUUCAAGUCAAGAGAAUAUGUAUGUGAAAAAUGAUAAAAAUGAUUAUUAUCCGACUGAAUCGCCUAGCAUAAUGAUAACUGUAAUGAGGGGAAAAGAUACCUUAAGAAUGCAAAAAUCAGAAGAAGAAGAACAAGAAGAAAAAGAAGAGGAAGAAGAAGAAAUGAGCGCGCCUUAUCAUGAAACUGACUCUCAUGAUAUAAUUCAAAACUAUGAUAAAUCAUUAAUAAAAUCAGUUAGAAAAUUUGAUUAUGAUCAGUUAGAAAAGAAAAAUCUGAAUGAUAAUUUUGAAAUAAAGGAAGCUGAAUUUGUGAAUGAAAAUAAAGGUGCAACCGAUAAAUUACAAAAUUUGGUAAACUUUCGAGGGAGAAAAGAUACUAUGAGCACGAGUUUCUCAAGAUCUCCAAUUCUCCGAGAUUUUUACGAAUUGGGAAGUUCAAUAGUUAAAUCAUGGAAGAAAAAUGCAAAAGCAAAUCAAUUUGAAAUAACUGAAGACUUGCAUAAAUUGGAAACUGAAAAAAACAUUCAAAAUAUAAAUACUGAGCAAAAAAUAAAUUCUAAAAAUCAAAAAAGAAAUCCCAUUUUUAAAAGAAUUAAUAAUUCCAAACAAGAUACUGAGAUAAAAAAUGAAGAAAUAAAAUCAGAUAAAUACCAAAUAUCAAAUAUCGAAAAAGAUGUUAAAAUUUUAAAAAAUAAAAGAGAAAGAGAACCUCAGCGAACUAUAAAAUCUGAAAAUCAAGAGAAAAGUCCUAUUUCGAGGAUUAUUAUUUCCGGAAACAAGGUCAACAUGAAGAGCGAAGAAACAAAUUCGGAUAAAUUAACGGAUAUUGAAAAUGGAAACAUUUUCCAUAAAAAAGAAAAAAAGGAGCAUAAAGUAUGUAUGAUUGACGAUAAGCAGAAUGAUUCAAGGAUUAAAAUUUUUGAAGAUAAUAAAAAACCAUACAGAUAUCAGCGAAAUACAAAUGGCAUCGUAAAUAAAAGAGCAGAAAUAGUGAAAUCUAUGCUUUAUUGGCUUAAAGGCUUUUUCUCAGAUAAAUAAAACACAAGAAAUAGA